UACUGACCAGUAUAAAAUUUAUUAUUUCAUUACAGAAAUUAUGGCGGAGUCGAAUGAAACAGAGCGUCCAGAAGCAUCUGAAGAUAGCAACACCGGUCAUUUUUCUCACGACAUAAAUAGCUACGCGGAGCGUGAAGCCUCCCACUUAGGACAACGCCAAGGUCAUCGUCGUCAUACUUCACAAUCAAGACAUCCCCACAUAUAUACUACUCCUAAUUCUGAUAAUCCUUCAUACCAUGGCCAUGCACAUGAAAAUACAAGUCGGAGCUACGUUGGGCAAGAGAGUUCAUUAGACCUUUAUGUCACAAGCGGGCGUCGAACAAAAAGGGAGGUCAGAAGCAGUAAAAGCAGCACAGAAAAGUUAAUCGAGGAAUUUGCAAAGUUAAAAUGCGAGGAACGAGAUGCAAAGGAAACCCACAUCAUUAAUGAUCUUUUGAAGAAAUCUGAUACUGAAUCUCCAAUAUUAGAUGGACAACUUGAUGAGCUGGCAAUGUUGGCCUGCUGUGACAGCUCUCGCGUAGUGAAAAGGGCGCUUGAUGUUCUGCUAAAUGAAAUAUUUUUAAACAUUUCAGAUUUAUCGGUAGAUCGUUGCAAAAACAUAUUGCAAGCGGAAGAAGCUCUUCGCUCGAAGUUUUUAGAGUUCAUGAGAGUGGAUCGAUUUAAAGCAAAGUGCCAUAGGAUGACGACAUACGCUUGGCUAAUCACGUUAGUCCUUCUGAAGUUUGGCGAACAGGAAUUUGCCAAACUCAAACCGAAGAUAAAAAUAUUUGACCAAAGUUUAGUUACUCUCAUGAAGCAAACAAGCAAGAACGAACAAAAUCUUUACCGGUAUGGCAUUUGUCUUGCAAGAGAAAGUAUCAAGCGAAUUCUUCAGUCUUCUCCAAAACGGAACGUGAAGGAAUCUCUCUUACUUAACAUUGCAAAGUGUGCGAACCUUCUGAAGGGCAAAUUAGACAAGGAUGAAGUGACGAAGCUCGGAAAAGAACUCCAUGAUGCAGACAGCUGGUUGAAUAUUCAUGUAUGCCUUGUAUUUCUGCAAGAUUUACCCAAGCAUUAUCAUUUCAAAGACAACCCAAGACCUGUAAUCUUAAUGCAGAUGUUGGUUGCAGACUAUCGCGAGCGUUUCAGCUCAAGCAAAUUCAAGAAUUUCAUUCGAAAUCCAAGAUCUGAUUCAAUAAUUGAACAAGUCUUAACCGGAGAACAAGGCUGCCGUGGAGUGUUUAGAAACUGGGAAGGCGAUAAAUCAAUAAUAUCGCCCCUGGGUGAAUUUGUGGCAAACCUUUGUGAGCAGUUGUGCGAGAGAGCGGUCUUCUUCUCAAAGCCCCAGAAUAUCAAAGAAUUUCUUGAUGGUAGGUGCAUGGAACACUUAUCCAUUCUUCAUUUGUGUUCGAGGUAUAGAGAUGAAAUAUUGGAGAUUUUACAAAUAUCACGAGUUCAGCAAUUGGAGCAACGUGUCAGUAUUUAUGAUGCCUUGAUGAGUGGCCAAAAAUGCCUGUUGAAAUUGCACCUGCAUUCAAAGGAAGAGAUGUUGGAAACGAAACCUGUUGCUGCCCCUCUGCGAAAAGAAAUCGAAAUCCUUGAUCAUCUACAUGCUGUCAAAAAACCAUGCGAAAACAUAGUUCGCCUGCUUGGCUUAAGCACUGAUUCUCCAAUGCACAUGAUAAUAGAGAGACCAACGAAAGGCGACCUAUUGACGUACCUUCACGGUUUCAUGCAACCACUUAAUGUUGAUGUACUGCUUCACAUUGCCCAAGAUAUUUGCGAAGCUAUGAUCUUCCUCGGUGAGAACAAUAUAAUCCAUCGUGACCUGUGUGCCAGAAGCUGUUUUGUAUUUGAUAAAGAAACAAGCGGAAACGUCCUUGUCAAACUUGGCGACUUUCACUUUGCAGCAUUUUCCGAUUCGACUCAAGAUUCUCAAGAUCGAUUUGCUGUUCGUUGGAUGGCUGUUGAAGUACUUGGAGACGGCGAAUUCAGCACUGCAUCUGAUGUAUGGUCUUUUGAUGUGCUAUUGUUUGAGAUUUUCACAUUUGGUUCUGAACCAUAUAUCAAUAUGCCUGACGGCAAGGCCUCGGAUAAUGACGAGGACUUUCGACAACAUGUAAGUACCUUAUAUUAG